CAUAACUGCUGCAUGUACUUGCGCAGGGAACAGUCUGCAAGAAUUCAGUCUCCUGGCCUGCAGACAGAACAGAAUAUGAGCACAGCAGGAAAAGUGAUAAAAUGCAAAGCAGCUGUGCUAUGGGAGGUACAGAAACCCUUUUCCAUUGAGGAGGUGGAGGUAGCACCCCCAAAGGCUCAUGAAGUUCGUAUAAAGAUGGUGGCCACAGGAUUGUGUCAGACAGACAACCACGUGGUUACUGGAAACUUUGUCACUCCUCUACCUGCGAUCUUAGGCCAUGAGGCAGCCGGCAUUGUGGAGAGCAUUGGAGAAGGGGUGACUACAGUUAAACCAGGUGAUAAAGUCAUCCCACUCUUCGUUCCCCAGUGUGGGAAAUGCAGUGUCUGUAAACACCCAGAAGGCAACUUGUGCUUGAAAAAUGAGUUAAUCAUGCCUAAGGGGACCAUGGAGGAUGGUACCAGCAGGUUCACCUGCCGAGGAAAGACCAUCAACCACUACCUUAGCACCAGCACCUUCUCCCAGUACACAGUGGUGAACGAGAACUCAGUGGCCAAGAUUGAUGCAGCCGCACCACUAGAGAAAGUCUGUCUCAUUGGCUGUGGAUUCACUACCGGUUAUGGAUCUGCAGUCAAAGUUGCCAAGGUCACCCCAGGCUCCACCUGUGUGGUGUUUGGCCUCGGAGGAGUCGGCCUAUCUGUGAUCAUGGGCUGUAAAGUGGCUGGAGCGGCCAGGAUCAUUGGGGUGGACAUCAACAAAAGCAAAUUUGAGAAGGCAAAGGAAUUGGGUGCCACUGAGUGUAUCAGCCCACAGGACUUCAAGAAACCCAUCGAGGAGGUGCUGAGGGAAAUGAGCAAUGGAGGUGUAGAUUUUUCAUUUGAAGUCGUUGGUUUACUUGACACCAUGGUGGCUGCUUUGUCAUGCUGUCAAGAUGCAUAUGGUGUCAGCGUCAUUGUAGGAGUACCUCCUAAUUCCAAAAAUCUCUCCAUGGACCCCAUGUUGCUAUUGACUGGGCGUACCUGGAAAGGAGCAUUUUUUGGUGGUUUUAAGAGCAAAGAGUCUGUCCCCAAACUUGUGGCUGACUUUAUGGCUAAGAAAUUUUCAUUUGAUCCAUUAAUAACCCAUGUUUUACCUUUUGAAAAAAUAAAUGAAGGAUAUGAACUGCUUCGCAGUGGAAAGAGUAUCCGCACCAUCCUGACGUUUUGAGACCAUGCAAAUGCUUCACUUGCAGCAGUCUUCUGGCUCCUUCACCAUCUGGCACAUCAGCCAAACAUCCAUUCUUCAGAGAUGCUGUGAAUAAAUUACACAUGGGAACUCUUCCAAAGAAACAAAAACUGAUGUGAAAUCAUUUUUCAAGCAAAUGUUUAAAGUUUAAGUGACAGCUAGGUGAACCAUCAGCUGUGUAACUGACUUCAAUAAGCUUUCCUUCUUAAUCACUCUA